GGGAAAACAUACAAACAGGCUCAUCCUCGUCCCCGAAGCCGGGGCGCUCGCGGGCAGACCCGAACCGACCCUGUCCACCCACGUCCCACCCACGCCCACUCCCCAUUGUGCACCCGGCUGCCCCCCCGAGCAAGCAUGUCCUCUCCCAUCAGCCCCCUUAUCAUCGCUGGAAUCUCUCUCGCCGCUGCUGGGAUUGCUUACGCUACCCACCGCAACUCCGCCUCCAUCAUCAUGAGCAACAACGUCCGCACCCUCUCCGUCGCCGAGUGCAAGAAGAUCCUCGACGCCCCCGGCCGUGCCACCAAGCUGGUUGACGUGCGCGCCCAGCACGAGUGGGCCGCCGGCCACCUGCCCUACCCUGACAAUGUCAACAUCCCCCACACCCAGGUGGGCCAGCGUUUCCCCGGUGAGGUGACCAACAACCGGUCGGCCGAGGUGAUCCUCUACUGCGCCGCCGGUGGCCGUUCCGGCAUGGCCGCCAACACCCUGGCCGACAUGGGCUACACCAAUGUCAUCAACAUGCAGGGCGGCAUCACUGCCUGGAACAACGCCGGCUUCCCGACCGAGAAGUGAGCAGAGCACCCGCGGGUGCACAUGCUCCGGCAUUGGGGGCGGGGGAGAAAUCCCUUUCAGUCUACUCUACCCCCCCCCCCCCACCCCCCCGCCCAACAUGUGCCUGUGCAUGCGUGUGCCAGCUCCCGCACACGUCAGUAAAUACACCUCGUAUCCCCUGGU